AUGUCGGAAGAGGAAAAACGGAGCAUGCAGCAACCGACGGAAGAAGAAGAAGAAUCAGGCGACGAUGAUGACAUGGGAAAAUACAUGAUCGACGACGAUGAUGACGAUCUCCCAGCCCCGGUUCCGAAAAAAGACAAGAGUGAGAAAAAGAUCGACACGGAAGACCAGAAAAAGGAGCUUUUCAGUGCAAAAGAGCUUCGAGAUUACAUGGCGGCAUCAGUUCCAGGACUGAAAAAACACCGCGGGAGUAAACUGCCAGUCCAUGGGAAUGAACGAACAAUGAACCUGAACCACAUGGUGCUGGCAAACAUCACUGAAUCCGCCUACUUCCGCUGCGAUCUGCUUCAAAUCAAAACAUACGACGAUAUGAUCGACGAAAUUUACUACAAAGUAACGCACCUCGAGCCCUGGGAAAAAGGAUCAAGAAAGCAUUUUACCGGCAGCGCGACGGGUGCUGAAAGAGGAAUGGCGUAUUCAAGCAUCCCUGGAGUUCAGAACUAUGUUGGAGUCAGAGGAGUCGGUCAAGGGGGAAUUGUCUCUACCCCUUUUUGCUGCAUGUAUAAACUUUGGACAAUAAAGUUGACCAGAAAACAAGUAGAAUUGAUGUGCGACCAUGUGGACUCUCCAUACAUCCGGGGAAUCGGAUUCCUUUAUCUUCGAUACAGUUUACCGCCUGAAAAUCUCCUGGAAUAUCUUGAGCCCUACUUCAAAGACACAGAAGAAAUCGACCCAAAAGCUGGUGGUGGUGAUCCAAUGACUAUGGGAGAGCUUAUAAUGGCGAUGCUAGAGGAAAACCACUGGUACGGGACAAUGCUGCCUCGAAUUCCGGCAAAACACUUACAAGAAAUCAGAAAAGCAAUCGACAACUACAAAGGACGCAGUCGCGGAGAAAAGAGCUCAAGCGAAAGAAGUUCUUCGAGAAGUAAUCGUAGAAGCCGAAGCAGAAGCCCUGCUGCUCGAAAAAAGCGUAGAGACCCGAGGGAACUUGACGAUGGCCCGAGUUCUUCCAGCUCUUCUCACAGGGGACGAAAAGAUCGAGAUAGAAAUGCAUACCAAGGAAUGCCGCGCGGAUUCGGUGGCAGAAGUGGUCGAUAUUAG